AUUAUUCGAGUACUCCGCUGUAGUGAUCAAACGUGGGGCCACACGUACAUGGAAGGUUUCGACGCAUGUCCACUGUUACUUUGUGAACCUGCUGAUCUUUGAUCUUAUACAAGCUAUCGGUGGCAUGAUCGAUGUUAAAUGGGUGGCAGAUGCAGGUGUGACGGAAGGAUCACUGUGUACUGCUCAAGGUAUCUUGAAGCAAAUGGGAGACGUAGGAGUUGCACUUUCGCCAUUGCUUUGCACACUUUCUGUGUCCUUGUUCUGCGACGAAAUGCUACUGCCCGGACGGCGGCCGCUGUUCUGAUUCUGAUAUGGAUCUUCAUCGCUCUCAUCGUAGGACUUAGUAUAGCAACACACAAAGGCAAGGACUAUUAUGGAAAUACCGAGUAUUGGUGUUGGAUUACUGGCCAUUAUGGUUUUGAGAGAAUCGCUCUUGAAUAUUUUUGGUUAUGGCUGGCUGGCUGCAUAAACCUCGUCUGUUAUGGGAUAAUGGCUUUAGUGGUCAAAGGCAUAUUAGUUGUUGAUGGAAGACGCUUUCGGUUCAUUGGCUGGAAAGGUCACGGCUUUCAGAAUGGCCUUCGGAUGCUUAGCAACAUCGACAAACUAACAGGUGCAGACAGAGUCCAGGCUAACGACAUAGCAAUGCGCAUGCUUUUCUACCCAUUGAUAUACCUCGCUGGAAUCGUUCCUAUCACCGUCGUCCGCUUUAUGGCUUUUGCUGGCUCCAGCGUACCGUUUUCGGCCACUGCCUUUGCAAGUAUUACCUUUUCAUCAUCGGGCGUUUUCAACGUCGUUUUGUUUGCCAUGACACGACCUAAGCUUCUACCUCAUCGGGUAGAACGGGCCCCACCCAGGCAUUUCUCCUUCUCUGUGGGUCUCGGACCACCACCACCCAUACCACACUCUCCUUCUAGAUAUACCCAUAGCAGCAUCGAUAGUAACGAUGGCCCAUCAUGGAAAAUGACACCUCCCACCAUGCCAUCGCAGCUCCCUUUGCUUCACCCUCAUUCAUAGUCAUAGACACACACAUGUAUGCACUAAAAGUAAUGAUUUCGGUUUACAUACUGUAUAACAAUUGUAUAAUGUGCCAGUCAAAGCUGAACAUAUGAACGGCUACCGGUCUGCCGGUGCUCCGUGGUGUAUCUUCUCUUC